AUGGACUGGUCCCACAUUUCUCUGGAGAAGCAUCCCCCAUGUGAGCAGUUGCCUCAACUACAAAAGCAGCAACAGGAGCGCCCUAAAGAGCCAGGCUCAGCGUCGCAGGGACAAGGGGACCCGAACGCAGCUUGCGUCUCGAGUUACAUGACACCAGCUGACGUCCACAUACCAAAUGCACCAGGCCUAAUGGCUGUCUCGCCACUCGACAGCUUUCAGCGUCAUGCAGUGUCAGUCAUCGAGCUCCAUGACACAGGCAAUAUCUGCAUCACCAACCCAACCAUCCCUCAAGCUGAGAAGUUUCAUGGAUUGUUUGUGAAGCCAGAUGACCACGGUGACCCCAUCCACCAUCCACCGCAGUCAAGGGUUGCAUGGGAAACGCAGUUGUAUUUCUUCCCCUUGCAACAGCAGCAGCAGCAGCAGCAGGAGCGCACCUACCUCAGCCCGCCUGCGAGCCGCCCCAGUCACGAAGGGCAGGCGCCGCCCGAGGCCGGUAGAGUCCAACCACCGCCCUGGAGCCCUGAGUCGGUGCCGCAGGGCCGGCAGUUGGAGGACGUCCGGCAGAUGGAGCGGCCACCCGUCCAGGCCAGCAGCCCGCCGCGCGUCCUCACCGAGCUGCUACCUUCAAAGACCAGUCCCCAGCCUACAAUCAACGUGUCGUUCGCCAUGUCUUUCAGAGUAGACGGGCAGCAGGAUAGCCGGUGCGCGGAACUAAAGAAUGAACACAACGUGAACUCCACCUAUACAAGGAGCUACGAACCACCGCUGCACUUACAGCAGGUGGUACUGCCCAAUGAUCAGCAGCGGCUACUUCCCAAGGAAAACGCUCUAAGCCACGGCAAAGAACAUAUUUGCAAAACAUGCUCCAAGAAGUUCGCCACACGAUAUUCUCUUAAGCUCCACUCGCGUACGCACACAGGAGAAAAGCCACACAUGUGCGCACAGUGCGGGAAGCGGUUCAGCCAACGCCGGAACUACCGCUACCACCUGUCGCUACACUCCGGUUCGAGAGAGUUCGAGGCAUCGUGUCCGGUGUGUGCCAAAGUGUUCAGCGACCGGGGCUACCUGAGCUCCCACAUGAAGAUCCACCGCGACCAGCGCGAGUACGCCUGUACCGAGUGCGGGAGGCGGUUCAACCAGCGCGUCGCCUACAACACGCACGUGCGUACACACACCGGAGAGCGGGCGCACCGCUGCACCGUCUGCGGCGAGACCUUCUAUCGCAAGGCGCUGCUCAGGCAGCAUAUGGAGAACCACACCAAAGAGAAGCCCCUAGCCUGUCUGGUGUGCGCGCACUGCGGCUGCAGCUUCGCCCAGAGGCACCAGCUGCGCUCCCACGUCGCCUGCCACGCGGGCGCCGUCGCAGUGGACGGCGGCCGCCUGUCUGAGGAGCCGCCUCCGUCGCGCAGCUCCAGCGUCAUCAUCAGCACGCCGCCGCCUGCGAUCCUCAACCCCGCGGUCUCCAGCGCGGCGUCGCGCCUACCUCCGCCUCCGCCGCGGCUGCCGCCACAGCCAGCGCCGUCGCUGUCGCUACCGUCCCAGAACGUCGCCGUCGGCGUAUCAGAGUUCGAUGCCACGUAA